AUGGAGACCUCCAGGGUCAAGCUCGCAGAGCUUCUCCGUCACCCCGAUGAUCUCGACAAGAUCCCCGCCAUGAAACUCGAGUACACGCGCAAGAAAGCAGCCGUCGACUCCCAACUACGCAGCGGAUUGAAGGAACAACUAGAAAUCACGCAAUCCGGCAUGAAUGGAAUAACCGAAGGCCAACGCACCGUCCAGCUCAUCAAAGAAGAAAUGAUGAAGAUAGACAAACUCUGCGCCGAAGCCCAGAACAUGAUCCGCGAUUUCCCCAACAUCAACUUGGUCUCGCAGACGCAUAGGAACUUCAGCGCGGUGGAGCUGAUGCGCAAGAAUCUGGAUAGUUUUAAUGAUAGGGUGACCCGGGUCGAGAUGAUGCUGAGGGAGGACGAUCAGGAUGUGGAGAAUAUGCCGAAUUUACUCGUGGUGCAUUAUGAGUUGACGCAGUUGAGGAAUAUUAGGGAUGAUGCGUUGGAGCAGAUUCAGAGGGCGGAUGAUGCGAGUUUGGUGAGUACGCUGGAGGAUUACUUUUCCAGGUUGGAUGAGACGGUGGAGUGGUUCGAUGAGCAUAUUGGGACGAUUGCGUUGAAUCUUAUUAGUGUGCUCAUUAAUGGAAAUAAUGGACUGGUGGUAAGGUUUGCGGUUAUUAUUGAGGCGGAAGAGAGAAGUGAUAAGAGGGUUAAAGCCCUGCAGGAGGCGUUGAAGGAUCAUAAGGAGAUGGCGCAGAGAUUUCAGAGUAUUACGGAUGGAGCGAAGAAUACGAGAGGCUAUAAGGAGAAGUUCCUUCAGGCUAUCAAAAUCCAUGCCGAGGAGCAGCUCACGGAGACGAAGCAAUCGUUUCUGGAAGACCCAGCGAAGUUGGCCAAGCAGCUGAAAUGGUAUUUCAAUGAUCUGAAUGCUGUCAAGCAAGGAAUGGUUCCGCUUAUGCCAAAGAAGUGGAAGAUAUUUCAGACAUAUGCCAAGAUAUAUCAUCAACUCAUGCACGAUUUUCUUGUUGGCAUGAUUGAUGAUCCAGAUACCAAUUCCGCAAAUAUGCUUUCCAUCCUAAAUUGGCCGGAAGUGUAUUAUACCAAAAUGGCGAAACUUGGAUUUGGAACAGAAGAACUAGAGCUACAUGUUAUAGACAAGCGAGAAGGAGAGCUUGUCAAGGAAUUCCGACAACUUGUCAUUCGAUACCUCGAUCAAUGGCUUGAUCGGAUUUUCAAGACUGAAAAGAAAGAUUUUGCCGAUCGAAAUGUGGAUGGUUCGAAUUUGGAUGCAGAUGAAUAUGGAUAUUUCCGCACGAAGAAUCUGGUUGAUAUGUGGCGGAUGUUGAGAGAGCAAAUUGAUGCUGCUAGCAAUUCCCAGAGAUUGGAUGUUGCAGAAGGUGUUAUCGAUGCUAUGAUUCUUCGAUUAAAGACUCGCCAGCGAGACUGGCAGAAGAUGCUUGACGAAGAAGCCGAUAAAUAUAUUGGCCCCACUCCGGAGCUCGAAGGUUUCCAGGCACUUCAAGAUUGGCUUGUUGCUACAGCGAACGAUCAAAUUGCCUGUAUCGACGAUAAUGAAGACGAAGGUCGAUUCGCCUAUCUCACAAGUUUCCGUCAAAAAUACGAACCUGUCGUCUCGCCUACAUACUUGGAAGCAACGGAUGAGCAAAUCAACGCUCUCCGAGAUGGCUACGUCGAUCUCAGCACCCACUGUAUCGCUCGCUUUGCACAACUAAUUUUCGCCGUCGACUUCCGAACUGUCAUGCCUGACUUCUUCACACCUAAAUGGUACACGGCAACAGCCAUGAAACAAAUGGUCGUCACAUUCGACGAGUAUAUUGGGGACUACAAAUCCGUACUCCACCACUCCCUCCUAGACAUCUUCAUCGAAGAACUCGCCGACGAACUUCUAAUCCGCUACUUAUCCAGCGUCAAAAACAAAGGGGCGAAAAUCAAGCGCAUCGACCCCUACAAAGACAAAAUCUUCAACGACGUCUCCACGGCCUUUGAAUUCUUCGACACCAACCAAUACCUCUCUCCCGACGUCGCCGACACGAUCAAACAGAAAUGGCGCGUCACGGAGCAGUUUAUCCAGUUGCUCGAGGGGGAUAAGAGUGUCAUCCCCGAGGUAUUUGCCAGUUUCAAAAUGGAAUACUGGGAUCUGCAGUUGAGUUGGGUGGAGGCUGUGCUCCGGACGAGGGAUGAUUUCGAUCGGAGUUUGCUGAAUGCUGUGAAGGCGAGAGCGGCGCAGAUUGAUGUCCAGAGAGGUUUGGAGACUAUUAUGAGCAAGGUUAAAUAG